UUCCAGUUCUCAUCUGUGGGGCAAACACCUCUCACCAUCACCAACAUUCUGCUGGCAUUUAUUCUGAGACAAAGUGAAGCAUAAAGGAAAUCUGUUCAGAGGAGAACGACACCACUUUCAGGCCAAAUGGAUUCCGUUCUUUACACAUCCGACAAUAGUUCCGCCAACGUGACCUGCGACGUUUACAUGCAUUUCGUGGCAGCGAAAGUCAUUUUCACCUUGUUUUACAUCAUUGUUUUCACAGUUGGCUUGUCAGGAAACAUAUUAGCCCUGUACAUAACUAUCCAGAAACAAUCAAAGAUUAACUCAACCACACUUUACUUAAUCCACCUUGCAUUCUCUGAUGCUCUCUUUACACUCGCUCUGCCGUCUCGGAUAGUCUAUAUAGUCCGGGGGUUUGACUGGCCGUUUGGUGAGGUGCCAUGCCGAAUGUUUGCUGUCCUCUUCUAUAUCAAUACUUACGCCAGCAUCAAUUUCAUGACGUGGUUAAGCAUCGACCGUUACAUUGCUAUGGUUCACCCUCUUCGAUUUGCCAAGUUUCGCAAGGUGCAAAACGUCAAGUACAUCUGUUUUGCAGUUUGGGUCUUUCUGUUCCUCCAGACCUCUCCCCUGCUCCUCAUCCCAAUGACAAAUGAGAGCGAAGGCAUGACGACCUGCAUGGAGUACCCAAACCUUGAAUCCAACCCCAACCUGCCCAAGAUGCUGCUUGGUGCCUGCGUCCUGGGAUACUGCCUGCCAGUUGCAGUCAUAAUCUUUUGCUACUUUCGAGUCAACGUGAAACUCUGUAAGAUUGCAAAGAAGAACCCUCUAACUGAGAAACUAGGCAGGAACAAAAAGGCAAUCACCGUCAUCCUGAUUGUGCUGUUGGCCUUUCUGAUCUGCUUCACGCCGUAUCACAUGACCAUUAUCCAGUACAUGAUCAGGAAACUAAUCUCACCACAGAACUGUUGGCACCAACGGGCAUUUAAAACAAGUCUGCAAGUUUCUGUUUGCUUCAUGAACCUCAACUGCUGCAUCGAUCCACUCAUCUACUUCUUUGCAUUCAAGGGCUACAAAAGUAAAGUUCUUGAAAUAAUAAGGCGCCACAUUACGGUAACUGUGAUUACCUCCUCCAAGACUAUCUCCGAAAACAACAGCAGUCACGCAACAUUGAGCCAGGUCCAAGCCUCAGGAUCAGGAUCUGGAAACUGAUGCUUGCCAAACCAUCCCCCAGAGUGGUGGAAAGACUGACACUGUUGGGCCAACCCUUCUCCAGGUCCAUGGACUGGCAUUUCAUGUAAUGAAUGUUUUGACUGACUGCAUUACUCUCAUCUUACCCUGCCGAAUGUAUAGUUAAUUGGGGGACAUGUUAUUCCCACAGCGAAUCCUACCCUCAUACCCCCUUGAAGCCCCAUUUCAGCAAUCUGAACACAUAAGGCCUUACGUCAGGGGGCAGUACUAAGAGAAUGCCUCACUAUCAGAAAGGCAGUACUGAGAGGGUGCC